GCUUGUUGUGCAGCAGAGAAACCAUCACAGCGUCUCAUCCAGUACUGCACAACUACUUCAACUACUUCUAAUACUUGUACUUGUACUGCGCCCUACGACUUCUGACUCGCUUCCUACGAUCCUUUUGGACGAGAUCAGCAUGUUUAAAGGCAUGUCCGGGCGGAUCCAGAAGGACCGGCAGAGGGCUGAAGGUCUAGGCUCGGUCCAGCAGGCGGUACACUACAGGAACCAGGACUUCCAGGCCCUGAAGGAGGACUGCCAGCAGAACGGAUCCCUGUUCCAGGACCCAGUUUUCCCAGCAGAACCGGCCUCACUGGGCUUCAAGGAACUCGGACCGUUUACUGCUAAAACCAGAGGGGUCGAAUGGAAGAGACCAACGGAGCUGACGGAGAACCCCCAGUUCAUUGUGGGCGGAGCUACCAGGACCGACAUUUGUCAAGGCGCCCUGGGAGACUGCUGGCUGCUUGCUGCUAUCGGAUCUCUGACUCUGAAUGAACGGCUGCUGCACCGCGUCGUUCCUCACGGUCAGAACUUCAGCCACGAAUACGCCGGCAUCUUCCACUUCCAGUUCUGGCAGUUCGGGGAGUGGGUGGACGUUGUGAUUGACGACCGUCUGCCGGUCAAAGACGGAGAGCUGAUGUUCGUCCACUCGGCUGAAGGCAGCGAGUAUUGGAGCGCCCUGAUGGAGAAGGCCUACGCCAAGCUGAAUGGCUCCUAUGAGGCCCUGUCCGGGGGCAGCACCAUUGAGGGUUUUGAGGACUUCACCGGCGGCGUGUCGGAGAUGUACGAGCUGAGGAAAGCUCCCAGAGAUCUUCAUCGUAUCAUCAGUAAAGCUCUGGAGAGAGGAUCUCUGCUCGGCUGCUCCAUCGACAUCACCAGUGCUCUGGACCAGGAGGCAGUGACCUUCAAGAAGCUGGUGAAAGGUCAUGCCUACUCCGUAACCGCGCUCCGACAGGUGGACUACCGUGGAAAGACGGAGAAGCUGAUCCGGAUCAGGAACCCUUGGGGUCAGGUGGAGUGGACCGGAGCCUGGAGCGACAGCUCCUCGGAGUGGACCUCUGUUGACCCAGCAGAGAAGGACGAACUGCUCUGCCAGAUGGAAGACGGAGAGUUCUGGAUGUCUUUCCAAGAGUUUCUGCGCCAGUUUUCCCGACUGGAGAUCUGUAACAUGACUCCAGACGCUCUGAGCCAGGACUCCAGCCGGUUCUGGACCACAACUAUGUUUGAGGGUGGCUGGAGGAGAGGGAGCACCGCGGGGGGCUGCCGGAACCAUCCCAACACCUUCUGGAUCAACCCACAGUACAAGGUGUCCCUGCUGGAGGAGGAUGACGACCCGGCGGACGAGGAGCCCGCGUGCAGCUUCCUGGUGGCUCUGAUGCAGAAAGACCGCCGGCGCUACCGCCGCCACGGCCAGGACGUGCACACCAUCGGCUUCGCCAUCUACGAGGUUCCUGAAGAGUACCGAGGCCGUCCCAGCGUGCACAUGAAGAAGGACUUCUUCCUGCGCAAUGCCUCCUGCGCCCGCUCAGAGACCUUCAUCAACCUGCGGGAGGUGAGCGCCAGGCUCCGCCUCCCGCCAGGUGAGUACAUUGUGGUGCCGUCGACCUACGAACCUUCCAAGGAGGCCGACUUUGUCCUGAGGGUCUUCACAGAAAAGCAUUCAGAGACGGAGGAGAUGGACGACAACGUGGAGGCCACCUUUGAAGAAGAGGAGGAGGUCUUGAUGGAAGACGUGGACGAGUCCUUCCGGGCCAUGUUUGCUCAGCUGUCUGGAGACGACAUGGAGAUCUCAGUCCGAGAGCUCAGGACCAUCCUCAACCGGGUCGUGUCCAAACACACAGAUCUUCAGACGGAUGGUUUCAGCAUGGAGUCCUGCAGAGCCAUGGUCAGCCUCAUGGACAAAGACGGGAGCGCUCGACUCGGCCUCCUGGAGUUCCAGGUUCUGUGGAACAAGAUCCGGAAGUGGCUGGGAAUCUUCAGAGAAUUCGAUCUGGAUAAAUCCAGAUGCAUGAGCUCCUACGAGAUGCGCCUGGCGCUGGAGAACGGCGGGUUCAAACUGAACAACAAGCUGAACCAGAUGCUGGUCGCCCGAUACGCCGACAACGAGAUCAUCGAUUUCGACAACUUCACCUGCUGCCUCGUCAAGUUGGAGGCCAUGUUCAAGGCCUUCCAGGAGCUGGACAAAGACAGAACAGGAAGUGUAGAGCUUAACAUCUCUGAGUGGCUCUAUGUGACCAUGUGUGGAUGAAGAGCAAGAAGACCAGUGCAACUUCACUAAAGUACUACACUAUCAGCGUACUCUACUGCUACUUGAUGUAUAAACUACUGCCUACACACUAUGCCAAGUAUGACGUCUAUGUAAACGUGGUCUAUUUAAACAUUUGACACGUGGUCUUUUAUCAAGCUGCUGCUUUCUUCUUGCAUCACACCUGCAAACUUAAUACGUCGAUUAAAGAUGUGCCUGUGAGUCAGAACACGGGGAGCAGCUUCCGUUUCUGGAUCCGUUCAAGUUCUGCUGAUUUCUCCCAUUAAAGUCUACAAAGGAAACAGAUCCCUGA